UGAGUGGCUGAUCUUUUAUCGACACUCUUUUCAUAUCACACAACUUCGACAUGGCUCUCAAGAGAAUUAACAAGGAACUCACUGACCUCGGCCGUGAUCCGCCCUCUUCCUGCUCUGCUGGCCCUGUUGGAGAUGAUCUGUUUCACUGGCAAGCAACAAUCAUGGGUCCUGGUGACUCGCCAUACUCGGGAGGCGUCUUCUUCCUGACCAUCCAUUUCCCUACCGAUUAUCCAUUCAAGCCACCCAAGGUCAACUUCACGACUCGUAUCUACCACCCCAACAUCAACUCGAAUGGCAGUAUCUGUCUUGACAUUCUGCGAGACCAGUGGAGCCCCGCUCUUACAAUUUCUAAAGUGCUGCUUUCGAUCUGCUCAAUGCUCACAGACCCUAACCCGGACGACCCGUUGGUGCCUGAGAUCGCUCACGUCUACAAGACCGACCGCCCUCGGUACGAAGCGACGGCCCGUGAAUGGACACGCAAAUACGCUAUUUGAUCUUCACAGUUGACUUCUGCGCGGCCACCUCGGUCUUCCCAAUUCUUUCUGCGUCAUCUUUCACUCCGUUAGAUCAGAUCCGAAGCCUGGCGUACCGUGAUCGUAGAUCCGUUCCUUGUUCUUACUGUGAAACAAAUCGCAUGUCUCUAAAUUCGUGUUAUUCUGCGCUUUCUCUACCGGCGGGAAGUGUCAUGUCCUACGAUCAUAAUGACCAAUUGUCUUUGAUGCAUUCAUAGCACUUUUUUUUUCGAUCUCGACUGGAUGGAGUUCGACAAUCCAUUUGAUGAACAUAAAAACCUCAAGGCUGGGUCUUUGGGCGGCAGAGGCUGUGGCUCG